AUGCAAGAAAACACUAUACUUUUAUUCAUAAGAACACAAUUGGAACCAAGAGGCAUAUACCUACGAGAAGACUGGCUAACAGACACCAUCCAAAAAAUAAGACAAGAACAACUCGACCUGUUUGUUGAUUUUGAAAAUAAUCAACAAAACCAAGAAGACCUUCUCAAAUGGGUGUACUUUCACUUUCUAAAAUCGCAUUUACGAAACUCGUCAACUCCACGACUACCACUAGACAUUAAAGCUAUUUCCAGUAAAUGGAUAGCGAAUGAUAGUCAUCAAGGAUUCGUGUUGGAAAUUGAAGAGUGUUUGGAAGUGGGCACGGCCGCGCAUAGAUUAUAUAAUAUUAAACAACAGACGGACGAGGGGUAUUAUAGUCAGGGACACAAGUAUGUUGAGAUAAAGAGAGAUGAGGAUGAUGGGAGUGUUCCGGUGAUUUCUUUCCCGAGGGCUAUUCUGAAAAUAACAUUGACUGAUGGGUACCAAGCUGUUACCGCGAUGGAAAUGCGGUUAAUGCAGACUGAACAGGGUGGAAAGUUUGUAUCAUUGAGUAUGAAUACGCCAAGGGGCACAAAGAUAAUGGUUCAUAAUGUCAAAGUGAUUAAAGGUAUCUUAUUGCUUGACUCAACUAAUAUAAAAUUUAUUGGUGGAGUUGGUGACGAACCUAAACCACUUGAAGAGUUGGAAGAAAUGUUAUGUAAAAGAUUAGGGAGACAAGCGGCACCACUUGAUCAAAGUAAUAUAAACACCGCUACUACUAGUCCCACCACAGAAAUCGAAACUGGAGAACCCACCACAGGAAUCGAAACCGGAGAACUCACUACAAGAAUCGAAACUAGAGCACCCACUACAGAAAUCGAAACUGGAGGAAGUAAUCCGACAACGACGACACCUUCUUACUUGAGUGCUACCACAUCAUUCACAAGACCGAACACUUCUUUUGUCAAUCCAACAUCAUCAUCUAGUACUGCGAAGAAAAGGCCAAUAGGUGAAGUGAGUUUUAGCAGCCCUGAGAAUUCUCCUCCCAGAAACUCAAUAAUAAACAAUUCAAUUGCAAGACCGAACAAUGUGAUUCCGCUAGUAAAUAGUGUAAAUAAAAAAACAGCAGCAGCAGAACAUUUUUAUGAAAAUCCUAUAGGCAGCAGUAGUAAUACACCAUUUGCAAGACAGGACAAUCCUUUUAAGAAUAAGGAAUCAAAUAAUGAUGAUAAUAAUUAUAUUGAUUUCCUUGAGAAAAAUCCUAAAUCUACAUCACUAUUCAAUACUCUUCCAGUGAUAGACAAAAAACUGCUACUACCAUCAUCAUCAGUAUCAUCCGAGGCUCCAAUUGAAGUUGUUGACCCAUUCAAGCACAUCAUCGAAGUUGCUGAUAACUUGCCAGAGCUUUCGUCUGCUUCAUCGUCAUCAGUAGUUAAACAAAACGAAUAUCCACCCCUUAUACAAACUCCAACGCCUAAAAAGAUCAAAGCGAGAGCGCGUUUUCAAGUGCGAAAAAAGAACUUAUGGUUAAAAGAGACCCCAUCCUCUCUUAACACUUGUUCAUCUAGUAGUGAAUCUUAUGUAUCACGAAGGGAUUCACAUCAGCCUUUGCUCACCCAAAAAGCUGAUGAGGAUUUCUUAAAAUGCAUCAUGCGAAUCGCCUCCUUACAAGGGGGAUCGCUAAAGCAAGGCAAGCCAUUUAGCCAUAUACCAGCCACAUUUGAUCACCAUAACGUGACUUAUCAC